AUGGUGCUUCUCAGCCCCUCAAUAAACGGGCUUAGAAAACUGCUCAGUAUUUGUGACCAGUUCGCUAAAGAACAUGGCCUCAAAUACAAUGUAGCGAAAACCGAAAUGCUCAUUUUCAAAGCGGGUAAGGGUCCGGAGACCGUUCCGCCGGUAUUUUUGAAUGGGUCGUCAGUUCGGGUUGUUAAGAGCUUUAAAUACCUGGGUCAUAUUCUAACAAAUGACAUAAAGGAUGAUAAAGAUAUGGAGAGGGAGCGCAGGGCUCUCUCGGUGCGGGCUAACAUGAUAGCGCGCAGAUUCGCGCGUUGCUCCGAUGACGUGAAGCUUUUCGACUUGCCUACAGAAAUAGUUAAUUUGAAGGGCGACAAACCUUACUGA